AUGUUAUCUGACGCUGAAUUAAUGUCAGUUAAAGAUACUGUAACUAAAUCAAUGAUAUCAACAUGUUCUCGUUCUGAAGCUAUUGAUGCUUGUUUAAAAUGUUCACAAUCAGCAAUGCAAUUAUUAAGACGAAAAAAAAUUCGAAGAGAUAUUCUUAUGCAGUAUUUAGCUAAAAAAUCGGUAGCAAUUAGUCCAGGUGCUGAGAAGGUAAAACUUAUUAAACAGAUAAUAGAUUUUUGGAAUAAAGGUUCUCAAUCAACAUCAAACAAUGUAUCAUCUUCAAUUGCAUUAACAAGUAUUAAUCAAUUAUCAAUUCAAUUUACUGAAUGGUUUUAUACAUCAUGGAAUAAUUUAUCAACAUUUCAAUCUGAACAUUUUUUUCCCGAUUGUCAAUUAACUCUUAUACAUGAAAAUAAUCGUCGAAUUUUAGGUGCAUAUUAUGUUUGUGAUGUUCUUCGUUCAUAUGUUGCUAAUAAAGAAUUACGUUUUUGUCCAAAUAUACAAUCAAAUAAAGUUGAAGAAUCAAAACAUGGUCUUGUUCUAAUACAAAUUCAUGGAACAAUUCAUCAACGUAAUACAUGUAUUGGAAUCUUUGACCAAUCAUUUGGUUUAGUUCGGGAUCCCAAUCAUAGUAAUAAUUAUUUGAUUAAAUUUUGUUUUCUUAAUAUGCAAACACAACAAGAACAACAACAACAACAACAACAACAAAUUUUAUCAAUCAAUCAAUCGAUACCAACUUAUCUUGUUGAUAUGAUGCAAAAUUAUGAUCAAACAAUUCAACAUCAAAUUGAUUCAACUGAUUAUAUUAUUGAGGAUCCAGAUGAUGAUAAUGAUAAUGAUGAAAACGAUUAA